AAAAGAAAUGAUGAGCCAGACCCGGCUUUCUCAUUACAGAUAAAAAUUUAUCCCACAUCCACCCCUCAAUACGAACCAACUAACUAACGACUCAAGAAAGACAAGCUCGCGAGCAAAUGUUUCUUAUGACCAGUGUGCUGUGCCAGUGAGUCAAGAACACAUCGACCGACGCCGGUGAAUCAUUGCCUCAUCAUCUCCUUCUUUCCUAAAUCAUUAGCAAAAUAAUCAGCAACAAAUUGUGAGUACACAAACAACUUUGCUUCUCGACCUUCAGCUCAUUUAAAGCCGAAAUAUUCCAGCGGAAGCAGCAUCAGCCAAUUCUCCAGCGGAACCACAAGCCUUGCAAAAUGCCCAACACCGUGUACACCGAGGACAGCACGACCUACAAGUUCUUCCCUGUGACCAAGCACAGUGUCAGAGUCAACGUUAAGGCGGCCAACGAUGCUCAUAUUGCUUUGUCGACACAACAGGGCUCUCAACCCAUGAUUGAGAUCUUUUUGGGAGGAUGGGAAAACUCUAAGAGUGCGAUUCGUUUCAAUGACGAGAGGCCCAACAAGGCUGAAGUUGACACUCCUUCUCUCCUCUCGUCGGAUGAGGCCAAGACAUUCAUCGUGACAUGGACUGAGGAUGGACAAGUUGCCGUCUGCCUCGAGGGAGCUUCUGAGGCAUUCAUCACCUGGAAGAAUGAUCAACCGUACGAGAUCCGAUACUUCGGAGUGCGAACGGCAUGGAGUGCAACAGGAGAUUGGAAGAUUGAUGGAAUUCGGGAUGUUCAUACCGACACAAGUUUUGAUUACCAGUGGUUCCCUGUGCAUGGUGCUCAACUGGACUUUUCCGUGCAGGCCAAGAACGAUGCCCACAUUGCUUUGGCAGGUGGGCCCGAGGCAGCCAAACCCUUGUACGAGAUUUUCUUGGGUGGGUGGAAUGGCACGAAAUCAGCCAUACGCUUCAACCAAGAAAAACCUGAUGUCGCUGAAGCUCCUGGCGGUGUCAGUCGCGAUGAGUUCCAGAGGUUUUGGGUGCGAUUAAGCCACGCAGCCAUUCAGGUUGGGCGUGAUGGUGAGACGGAACCUUUCUUGUCAUGGGCAAAUCCCGAACCAUUCGUCGUUUCUCAUUUCGGAAUUCGUACUUCUUAUGGCUCAGAUGGCAAUUGGAUUUUGGAUGGCGGAGUUGAGGGGAACGAGGUGAUUUCGGAGGAGCGACCCAAGCGCGACCUGCCCGAAGGGGUUCAGUGGGUGGAUGGCAGUGCGGGAUCGGUUCCCGAGGGGGCCUUCGCAGGUGGGGAGGACGGAGGCAGCCCCCUUUACGUUGCUCGAGCCGAACACGAGGGUGCAACUAUUCCUGGGAAACUUUUGGCUGAACAUGGCGUGGCGUACGUCCCUUGGGGUGGAGCAGAGAACGCCAAGGACAACUACCAGGUUUUGGUAGUUUCUCCUGAUGCGGUUAGCUGGGUGGACGCCAGCGGAGAUGCCGUUCCAGCCAAUGCCAUUGAAGGAGGAAAAACCGAAGAUGGUGAAACUCUGUACAUUGGCCGUGUCCUUCACGAGGGGGCUCAAACGGUGGGGAAAUUCCACCCCAGCCAUGGCAAAAUGUACAUCAGCUACGGCGGAGAAGAAGUGGGCUACGAAGAAUUCCAAGUUCUUGUCCAAAACUAAUUCCCUGCGUCUGCUUCAGCUCCGAAUCUCGGACUAAAUAUUUGUAAUUCUCAAAAAUAUUCCUUAAAAACCAUUUAUGAUGAUAAUUGAAAUGUUAAAUGGUACAGAUUUAACUAGAAGUUGCAUUACUAGAAUUUUAAUCGUUUGUGGUUCACAUAUUCGGCAAGUUUAUUGAGCUUUAUAUUUUGUACUUGAAUUUUUGCUUUCAUUUUUUUCCACCAAAUUCAUUAACAUUUGUGAUAUUCCAGCAAUAAAAAUUGCAACAGUAGAUUUGGCUGACAAUCUAAUAAAGUAUGUGCAUCAAAGACUUUCACUUUGUGAAAGCAGUAUGGAUUGCGUGUUCAGAGUAUUCAAAUAUUUGUUGCAAGCGAGAUCGAGUUUGUAAGAAAGAAGAUUGUUAUGGGAAAGGCUUUAAUUGGCUUUAAUAAAAUUGGUUUAAUUGGAUUCUGUUA